UUGAUGACGGGGCGCUGGAGGCAGGGAGGCGGAAGUCAGCGAGCGCUGAGGCCGGGGAUUCCCCGCCGGGAACUUCCGAAGUCUCCCCUCCAGCGCCCGCCAGCAGCCAAUGAGCGAACACGGCAGAAAUCAACAGCACCAGCGGCCGAGGGAGCAGCGCGGCGGGGACUCGGUGAGUGUGGCCGGGACGGUGCCAGGGCCCCGGCUAGUCCGCCUGGCGCUGAGGGCCAGUCGGGCACCGCGCUUCGAGGUUUGACAUUGUUGAAUUGAAGUUUGUUGCUUGGAAUGUGUACCUUAAUCGAGAGCUGAAAUAUCUCAUGGGAAACUUACGUUUUGUGUCUAUGAAAGUUUUUUGACUUUGGAUUUAUGUAAUCUGGUGUGAAUUUACCAAAUCAAAUUUAGACAAGUGCUCAAGCUGUGGAGAUAUUUUAGGUUCGUAAUAUUGAUUUGGUAAAUAUGGAUAAAGAUAAUGUUGGCGAGCAGCUCAACAGGGCAUUUGAAGCUUAUCGCCAGGCAUGCAAGGAGAAGGAGAACAUCAAGAAAACAUUAGAACAAAAGAUUUCUGCCUUGGAGCAAGAACUGGCAACAAAAAAACAAACCAUAGUAAAAUUGCAAUUACAGUCUGCCUCUACCACCCCCAGAGGCAAUGUUCCUGGAGAAGCUCCGGUUAUGAACACUUGGUCACAGAUUAAAGAGAGUGACUUGCUGAAAAUGAGAAGAAAUGAGGCACAGCAUCCAGCAACAUGUGAGCCACCAGAUGAAUUGAAAAUAACAUUAGAGCGAGAAAGACACUGUAAGGAACAGUUAGCAACUGAAAAUAGUAGGUUAAAAGAACAGAUAAAGGAUUAUCAGCAAAAGCAAAAGGAACUUAAAAGAGGUAUUGAAGAAAAAGACCAUGAACUCAGCCAGCUGAGAAACGAAUUAAAGGAAUAUACUGACUCCUUAAGACACGGUGAACUGCUCUACUGUGUAAAAGAUGUAAAGGCGAAGUGGAAGACGGCUGAAUCAUCAUCAAAGAAGGCUGUUCCUUUGACAGGGACUGAUCAUCAUCCUCUGUACAAAGGGAGGUUGGACUUUGCUUUUCAGGAGGUUUGUCAAGAAUUUAAACAACUGUGUGCCUUAACAAAGAAACAAACGGAACUUCUGAGUAAACAUAACUGCAACAAAGAAGUAAUAAAUAUGCCUUUCUCAAUGCCUAUACAGUGUACAGAUGAAGGAGAACAAGAACAUCUAGAAGAACAUUUUGUUGGGCAGAAUGACAAAAGUAUGCCUAAGAGCACAAAUGGAACACGAGGGCACAGAACGCAGCAGGAACAAUUUCCAGUUGUUGAGUCUCUGUCUGAUCUAGAUGUCAAAUUCCCACCUUCAGACAAUGACUAUGACUUUCUAAACAGUGCACCGGAAAAACUAAGACCAAAAGCUCCUUUUGAAGAUCCUCCAUGUAAAGUUCAAGAGGUGCUGUUGAAAGAUGAUAUCCAAGACUUGGAACAUAAAAAUAAGGAAGAAUGCACUUUAUUUGAAACAUUUACUGUGGGACCAGCUAAUAAAGCAACACAUAAUCCUUUUUGUGAUGAGCAAGGAAUAUCUACAAAUAUUAAUACAUCCAUAGGUACCACAGUUGAUAAGACCACAUUUAGAAGCCCUUCAAGCCCUCCAGUUCUUAAGCCUUCAAAUCCUUUUCUAAAUGUUGAAUCUGAUCCAAUGGUUUCACCAGUGCCAACAGAGAUAAGAGGACCGCAACAGCCUGUGUGGAAUCCAUACCACAAUAUAGAGGGUGAAUUACUGCAUCAAGCAUCCAAAGACUCUGACCUGGACCUAAACUCCAAAAUCUGUGAAUUCUGUCAGGCAGCCUUCCCAGCAGGCACCACAUCUAGGGAAGACUUCCUCAGGCAUCUUAAUUCACACUUUGUGGAUGUUGCUAAAAAUGGAUCUUAAUGCUUGUACAUUUCCACAUUGAAAAGAAGAAACCUGUCUUGUGAACUUAACAUGUAUGCUCAAUGUACAAAAUAGUCCUUGUUAGUGUGGAAUUGUAAAUACCAAAAGGACAUUUAUGAAUUGAAUGCUAGUACAUUGUGUUUUUUUAUUGAAACAGCUUUUUUUUUUACAAUAGGGAAAAUGUUUGAUUUUUAAAGAAAUAUAUUGUGUAGUUAUUCAGUUUUUUCACUGUACAUUCUGACUAAAGUUAAUUUGAAGCAAAUAGUCCUAUUGUACAAGGGUUAUUUGUGUGACAUGGAAUUUGAAUAUUCGAAUUGCAGGUCAUCCAUGUCAGUAUUAAAAAAUGAGCAGAUCAUUGAGUGGAGUUGUAGUAUUGAAAAGCUGAUGAAUUAAAUACAGCAAUUGUUAUCA